UUCUAAGCAGCCUACACCAUGUCCUUUCAUUCCUGUACCUAAACCUGCUUAAUCUGCUUCAGAUUUUUUUUUUUUUUGCCUCUGCAAAACACACAAAAAGAUGCUUUAAACCUACAGGUCCUUCUUCUGACUCUAGAUGUAGUUGUUACAUCCCUAGGAACAACAUCAAUGCAGAUGUUGGAGCAUGUCUGAAAUCUUGUCAAGAGCAUGGACUGUUUCACACAGAUUGGAAAUAUGGCUUCUGCUCCUGUUAGCUUACUUACUCCAAAGAAACGUGAACUCGGGACAUAUGCCAACCAAGGCUGCGGAUCCAGAAGCAUUCAUGAAUAUUAGUGAAAUCAUCAAACACAAGGGUUAUCCCAGUGAGGAGUAUGAAGUUGCCACUGAAGAUGGGUACAUCCUUUCUGUGAACAGAAUCCCUCAAGGACUGAUGCAAUUAAAGAAGGAAGGGUCCAGGCCAGUGGUGCUACUGCAGCAUGGCCUUCUUGGAGAUGCUAGCAACUGGAUUUCCAACCUGCCCAACAACAGCCUGGGUUUUAUCCUGGCUGAUGCCGGCUUUGACGUGUGGAUGGGGAACAGCAGAGGAAACACCUGGUCUCGGAAGCACAAGACCCUCUCCAUAGACCAAGAUGAGUUCUGGGCCUUCAGUUAUGAUGAAAUGGCUAGGUUUGACCUUCCUGCUGUGAUAAACUUUAUCUUACAGAAAACAGGACAGAAAAAGAUCUAUUAUGUCGGCUAUUCACAGGGCACCACCAUGGGAUUUAUUGCAUUUUCCACGAUGCCAGAGCUAGCUCAUAAAAUCAAAAUGUAUUUUGCCUUAGCCCCUAUAGCCACUGUUAAAUAUGCAAAAAGCCCUGGUACCAAAUUUCUGCUGCUUCCAGAUAUGAUGAUCAAGGGAUUAUUUGGCAGACAAGAAUUUUUAUACCAGACUAGAUUUUUCAGACAGCUUUUUAUUUAUCUUUGUGGCCAAAUGAUUCUUGACCAAAUCUGCAGCAACAUCAUCUUACUCCUGGGGGGCUUUAACACGAACAAUAUGAACAUGAGCCGAGCAAACGUAUAUGUCGCCCAUACACCUGCUGGGACAUCUGUGCAGAAUAUUCUCCACUGGAGCCAGGCAGUGAAUUCUGGGGAACUUCGUGCCUUUGACUGGGGAAGUGAGACCAAAAAUCUGGAGAAAUGCAAUCAACCAACUCCUAUAAGGUACAAUGUCCGAGAUAUGAUGGUCCCCACAGCAAUGUGGACUGGAGGUCAAGACUGGCUUUCCAAUCCAGACGAUGUGAAAACACUGCUUUCUGAAGUGACCAACCUCAUCUACCACAAGAACAUUCCUGAAUGGGCUCAUGUGGAUUUCAUCUGGGGGCUGGAUGCCCCUCACCGUGUGUACAACGAAAUCAUACAUCUGAUGAAACAGGAGCCCAGCCGUUCCCAGGGAGCCUGCAAGGUCAAAUUGUGAAACUCAUGCUCUUAGCAAGUCUUGGAACAACUUCAUGCAGUAUGGGCAGGGCCAUGAGGAGAAGAUUUUCGAAGAUUUCCAAAGGUCCAGUUGGAAAGUAGCUUUAUCAGUUAGACAGAAGGACAGAGAUACACGGAUGCCAGAAGAAAAUGUUCAAAUGAAAGCUUCGGAUUUCUUUGCUUGAUGCUAAAGCUGAUACUUACAUUUUUGUUUUGUUUUGUUUUGUUUUUUGUUUUUUGGGGUUUUUUUUUUGUUGUUGUUGUUGUUGUUUUUUCCCAAUUGGUUAAACUAAGUUGGUGAACACAGUUAUGCUGCACUUUGUACCUUCUACACUGCAAUGUAGUGUUUACUUAACAACAGAAAGUAUCUUAGACUUUCAUUAUUACGUCAUCCGACCUUUCCAAAAUAAGAUUUUGUUUCAAUAAGUCAAUUUUUAGGGUAACUAAAAGGAGGAAUUCGGGAAGAGGUCAAAAUUGAAAAUCUUUGGUUGUUGACUUGGAUAAAAUGAAGUAGGUGUUGCCAUCUCAUUGCCCUAAAGGCAAGGUACUGCUUCAGGAAGUCAAGCUGUUUGGACAACAACAGAAAAAUUAAAUUAUUGCAUAGGUGGAAUCUAAGCUAAACUACCUUAACACAGGGUCAAGUUUUAUAGCUGGAUCUCAAAGAUGAGUAUUUUGUAGGAUAUUUGUGAGUUUUCCAAUAAAUUAAUUAUGUAUCUCGUACGGCACGUCUGUGUGUCAGUACUGAGACUUGCAUCUUCUGUUAAGAGACCAGCUGGUCCAAAGGAAAGCUACAAAAAAUGUAUAAUGUCAUGAGCAGAAUGAAAUAAAUUACUGUAAGUUUUAUCCUUGAAUCAAGGCAGAAUCACUCCACUCUUAGAUAAUUUCGCACCUCAUUCAUAAAUCUAGAUUUGUGUCUAGAAAACUCUUUAAUUUUCGCAAUUUCAAAGAUGACAGUUGUAAAGUAUGAAUAUUUUUGGGAAUCUACUCUGAAGAUAAAUCAGAGCUCUAUGGUGCCUGUUGGAGGUAUCCAGUUGAGAACAUGCCGUACAAGUGU